AUGGAGAGGGUUUAUGACAUAGAUGAAGGGCAGCUGAGAAGCAACAUCCCGGAAAUAAAUGCAGCAACAAGGAGGCGGCUUUUUGAAGGUGAUAUUAUCUUACCGCCAGAGAGAAAUGCACUAAGAAACAGCUCAUACAGAUGGAAAUUUCCUAUCCCCUACAUCCUGGCUGACAGCUUGGAUCUGAAUGCUAAGGGAGUUAUCUUGCAGGCCUUUGAAAUGUUCCGAUUGAAAACUUGUGUUGAUUUCAAACCCUAUGAAGGAGAAAAGACGUACCUCAAAUUUGAGAAACUAGAUGGCUGCUGGUCUUAUGUGGGGGAUCUUCAGACUGGUCAAACUGUAUCUAUUGGUGACCGGUGCGACUAUAAAUACCUAGUGGAACAUGAGGUCUUGCAUGCGCUGGGAUUCUACCAUGAGCAGUCAAGGACAGACCGUGAUGACUAUGUUAAGAUAUGGUGGGAUCAGAUCACUGAAGGUUAUGCAUAUGCUUUUGACAAACACAAUGAUAGUUACCUAUUGGACCUAAAUACCCCAUAUGAUUAUGAAUCUGUUCUGCAUUAUGGACCUUAUUCUUUCAACAUCCAUAGCAACAUCUCUUCUAUCACAACUAAAAUUCCUAAAUUCAAUGAGAUUAUUGGGCAAAGGCUGGAUCUGAGUAGGAUCGACUCACUUGAGCUGAAUAAGUUAUAUGGCUGCUCUUCCAGCCUCACUUUGUUGGAUCAGUGCACCUUCGAGAACAUCAAUAUCUGUGGGAUGGUGCAGGGUGAACAAGAUGAUGCCGACUGGGGCCAUACUCUAGGCAAACCUGGAAAUGAGGACCACACCUUACUGGGGCACUGUAAAGAUGGGGGAUAUUUUAUGCAUUUGGAUACCAGGACUGGAAAUGCCAGUCAGUCAGCUCUUCUGGAAUCUCGUGUCUUUUAUCCAAAGAGGAAAGAGAAAUGCCUGCAGUUUUUCUACAAGCUCAAUGGAAGCCCACAAGAUAAGCUAGUUAUCUGGGUUAAAAUGGAUGAUGGAACUGGCAACGUAAGGAAGAUGGUAAAGUUGCACACCAUCCAAGCUGACGGAAAACAUCACUGGAAGUUAGCCAAUAUUCCCUUUAACGUCCAAACCAAAUUCCGCUAUGCUUUUCAAGGCAUCAGAGGAGAUCCAGCCAGUUCUGGUGGUGGAAUUACCAUUGAUGACAUCAGCCUGACAGAGACAAAAUGUCCCACCAGUGUCUGGCACAUUAGGAACUUCACUACCCUUUUUAACAGUACUUCAAGAGGUGAUUUCAUCUCUAGCCCGGUAUUCUACAGCUCAGAAGGCUAUGGUUUUGAAUUGAGGCUUUAUCCCCAUGGAAGAGCAACCUCCUCAUAUGUGAAUUACAUGGGGAUUACUUUCCAUUUGUGCAGCAGCGAGAAUGAUGGACUUUUAGAAUGGCCUGCUGGGAACAGGCAAGUGAUUCUCACUGUUCUGGAUCAAGACCCGGAAGUAGCCCAAAGGAUGUCCUUAAGCCUUAGCUUUACUACGAACCCUAACCAGCGGGUAUAUGAGAAAAACGACACACUCCAGUGGGAUAAACCAUCCAUUACUGGAAAUUUUUCUUCUUCCUGUAACUGUUAUGUGGGCCCAGGUGCAGGCUGGAAUUCUUUCCUGACUCAUAGAGAAAUGCAGUGGAAAAAUUUCCUCAAAAACGAUGAUCUUUUCAUCUUUGCAGAUUUUGAAGAUCUAACCCCUUGGAUUAAAUCUGAAGUCCCAGUCCGUCCUUGA